UUCACAACCGGAAGUAGCUGGUGCUGCCCCUCGCUGUCUGUGCCGCGGAGCCUCGCCUGUCACCGGGACUUUCCGCAGCGUCUUGACCAGGAAACGGUGCUGCAAACAAGAAAACUUAAGAGCAGAUCCCAUUAUCUCUAUCAAAGGAGGAUAUAGUUUUUCUUAUUAGGCUUUUAAUAUUCAAUAAUGGAGGCUUAAACACCUACAAAAGGGGUGUCCAAGAUGGGGGAGGGGUUUGAGAUCACGUAUCCCUUGGUCUGUGUGUGUAUGUGAGUGUUUGAGACAUUAAUUUACUUUAUCAUUAACUUUAUAAUGUUUGUACAUAAAAUCACAGACUUGUCUCUAAUAAAUGUACAGAAUAAUAAAGUGUACAUGGAUCCUGGGUGAUCUGAGUGUGAAGACGCUUUUUAAGAUAGUUAGACCUUUCUUACUACUUCGACAUACAUCAAUGGGCCUGUAAUUGAAAAAUAAAUGAUGUUUGACCAGUUAAAUGUUGAGUGGUGGUAUUCUCCAAGGGUUGCAGUUAACGUAGGGCCAAGUUCCAGAUCCCUUAACAGGAUGUUUGAAGGACAUAAAUAUGCUGUGUGAUGAUGGUGGUUGCUGCACUGGUAGUUAUAAUUUGCUUCUGUCAAGGAGCUCUUAAGUUUCACACUUGCAUACACUUUCUGUUUUACUGUUUUCAUCUUAGUUGUACCUCCCACAUACUGUUUUCUGUUUUGGUGUGACUGAGUAUGUGUGUGAGGGCAAGACCUUGGUAUUUCUCAAACCUCUCUCCCUUUCGAAGGACACCACUUUUUCCUUAUAUCUCUAUACUUCAAUCUAAAAAUGGAAACUCUUGUUCAACUCAAAAACAACCAGUUUUUGAUGGGAUUGUGUCGUAACGGGCCUCCAUCUGAUCUACAGUAUGAUAACUCCUCAGAGCUUUUCCGCAUUUCUACCUUUGCUCGUUUCCCGACCUCAGGGGUCACAGAGCGAAGUCUGGCGAGAGCGGGUUGGUUCUACACAGGGGUGGGCGACCGCGUUCAGUGUUUCAGGUGCAACGUAACGGCAGAUGGAUGGCAAGCUGGAGACUGUCCGACAGAGAGACAUAGGCAGCUCUCUCCUUCCUGCUCCUUCAUCCAGAGCCUCCCUUCCACAGCCAAUCUACUCUCCUCGUCUCACUCAGCCUUUUCCCCACUCCGGAUUGCCCCAGCCAUACCACUUUCUGGUGCAGGUCCAGCUGCCCCUAACCCAACAGUAAACCAAGGUGAAGAACCAGGGGGAUACCUUAAUAUGGGUUUCUCUGCUCCGCCGCCCUCCAGCCCACUGAGCUCUCGUGGUGUAGAGGACAUGUCCCACCAGAGACCAACAUGCCACAACCCAGGCAUGCGCAGAGAGCAGGACCGCCUGGACUCCUUCCACUCAUGGACGCUCUCCAUCAUCACCCCCACAGAGCUUGCCAAGGCGGGCUUCUACUAUUUAGGCCAGGGGGACAGAGUGGCGUGCUUCAGCUGCGGAGGACAGGUGCAUUUGAGUAACUGGGAGCCAGGUGACAGAGCUGUGUCCGAACACCAGAGACAUUAUCCAAACUGUCGUUUCGUCCGAGGAGACAGAGCUGACAAUGUGUCGCUGCCCGGAGCAGCAGGAGCUGCUUCUGGAGCAGUGACUUCCCAGCUGUCUGCAGGAGGCCCAACUCUCAGUAAUGUCUCCAAUCCAGCAAUGCAGCAGAGUGAAGAGAGGCGGCUCACCUUUGUCAACUGGCCGUCUCGUAUACCUGUCCGGCCCGACCAGCUGGCUAAAGCUGGCUUCUACUAUGUAGGUCGUAACGAUGACGUCAAGUGUUUCUGCUGUGAUGGAGGCCUUCGGUGCUGGGAGUCUGGAGAUGAUCCUUGGGUGGAGCAUGCUAAAUGGUUUCCUCGGUGUGAGUAUUUACUCCAGGAGAAAGGGCAAGAAUUUGUUCACCAGAUCCAGGCUCGCUUCCCUCGGCUGUUCGAGCAGCUUUUAACAAAUGGAGACAGCAGCUCCAGAGAGUUUGUUGAUCCACCUGUCGUCCACCUCGGUCCAGGAGAGGAGCGAUCUGAGGAUGCCGUUAUGAUGAACACCCCAGUGAUUAAGUCUGCAUUGGAGAUGGGCUUUGAGCGGAGUCUAGUCAAGCAAACAGUCCAGAGCAAGAUCCUGACCAGUGGAGAGAACUACAGGACGGUCCAGGAGCUGGUGUUGGACCUGCUGAGUGCCGAGGACCAGAAGAGGGAAGAGGAGCGCGAGAUGCUGGCUGAGGCGAUGGCAUCAGAUGGUUUCACGUUUGUGAAGAGACACCAGGCAGCAUUGAUCCAGCGUCUAAAGAGUGUUGAGCCAGUGUUGGAGCAUUUGAGAGAACAAAAUGUUUUAUCUGCCGAGGAGUACAGCAGCCUCCAGGCUCAGACAACGGCCCAGCAGCAAACUGCCAGGCUGAUCGAGCUCGUCCUCACCAAGGGCAACGCUGCGGCCGAAGUCUUCCGCAACUGGAUCCAGAAAAACGAUGUCCACCUGCUCAGAGAUCUCAUGGCCCAGUCAAAUGAAGCUGCAUCACCGAGCCAAGAUCUUUCAGACCUUCCCAUGGAGGAGCAGCUGCGGCGCCUGCAGGAAGAGCGUACCUGCAAGGUGUGUAUGGAUAAAGAGGUCAACAUUGUCUUCAUCCCGUGUGGACAUCUGGUGGUGUGCAAAGAGUGUGCACCGUCACUUAGAAAGUGCCCUAUCUGCAGAGGUCUGGUUAAAGGCACAGUCCGAACCUUCCUCUCAUAACCAGGAGGCUGUUAGCUGUGUUCUCGUGUCACAACCAUGUGAUUGAAUGUAAAGCAAUACAAUAUACAUUUUUAACUGGAAAGGUUUUUUUUUUUUCCUUCUCUUGUGACUUACCAAUCCACCGUAAGCGAUAUUAAUGACUUUCUACAUGAUUAGAAACUGUUUGUCAAAAAUAAAAUAUAAUAUUACAUCUGG